GAUAUUGCAAACGAUUUACAAUUAAUGGAUUUGCUAAAACGAUCAACUGAAAAAAAUUGGGAAGAAAUUGAUCCAAAUUGUGGAAUUUAUCGGCAUCAAUCAUUACAUGCUGUUAUGGAUCGAGUUUGCGAACUUUGUCAUGAAAUGUUUUCCUAUGAAGAGAAUAGUCUACGAGCUGAAUGUCGCAAGAAUUGCUUCCGCAAUAAAAAAUUUCGUACAUGUCUACAGAUCUUUUCACCCUCAGCAAAUGUUGCUGAAAAUUAA